GUUAGUUUAGCUGCUUGUGAGAUCAUUUCCUGCCCUGGGAUCAGAGAAGUGGAGAAGUAGGACAGAAAGAACUCUUCUCUCAUCUGGGUAAACAUGUCUUCUAACUCCACCCUGGGUUAUGUGCAGAGAAUGGUGGAGCAAUUGAAGAGGGAGGCCAGUAUGGAGAGGAUUAAGGUAUCUCAAGCAGCAGCAGAGCUUCAACAGUACUGCAUGCAGAAUGCCUGUAGGGAUGCUCUCUUGGUUGGGAUGCCGGCUGGGAGUAAUCCAUUCCGCGAGCCGCGGUCAUGUUCACUUCUGUGAGGAUGCUAUACUUAGUUGCUGACUGAUGUAUGUUUCACUUGAAGCUUGAAGAUCUGGACUAUACGCAGCCUACUUUUCCGGUGCCAUUCCAAAUGCAGCCAAAUGCUUCACCUUUGAAAUAUUUAUUAGCCCUUUCAAGAAAAAAGUUUACCUUUUACAUUUUUUUUGUAUCAUUUUCUUUUCUAAACAACAGCUAAAAUGCUAUGUAAAUGUAGUAGUAUAGCUAUGUCACAAAUAUUCAGAUCUUUUUUCACCUCAGUUCAUCUUAAAGUUCAUUCAUAUGGGUUUUAGGUUAAAUGAAAUAUUGCUUACAUUUUCUAUUUAAAGUAAAGUAUUUGUCUGGACAGGUAUACUUGUUAUACAUUAAUACUGCUGUCCUUUGAAAUAUAACAUUUUUAUAACUUCUAAAUAAAUGCACUUUAAGUAGCAAAAUCAAACUUUUUUAGUUGCGCAGUUUGUAUGUUGCACAUAUUUUGCUUUGGUAGUGUUGUGUUUUUUUUUUUUUUUUUUUUUUUUUUUAAAGCCUUUCAUACUGCCAAAUAAAUAAAUAAAAAUGUGAUAUGUUGCUCACU